GUGUUCAAAUGUGUGAAGGAAACAGACCUGGUCAUCAUCCACUCCAACAAGCUGAACCUCACCAAAUUCGAUGGGUUCCUCGCCAAGUUGACGGGCCUAAAUGGAGCAACUGCACCAAACCUGAAGACAACAUGGUUGGAAAUUCCCACCCAAUAUUUGGUGUUGCAGCUCAGCGGUCCUCUGAAGGUCGGCGACUCGUACGAACUCUUCACGGAUUUCGUUGGAGAACUGGCCGACGACCUGGGCGGAUUCUACAGGAGCGUUUACGUUGAGGAUAACCAGGAAAAAGUUCUUGCCACGACUCAGAUGCAGCCGACGGACGCCAGGAAAGCAUUCCCCUGUUUCGACGAGCCCGCGAUGAAAGCUGUCUUCCAGCUGACGCUCCUCCACCCCGCGGGCACCGUCGCUCUCUCCAACUCCCUCAACCACGAACCUGUUAACACCACUUUGGAUGGAGAGAUUUGGACCAUGACUAGUUUUCAUCCCACAAAGAUCAUGUCCACCUACCUGCUGGCUUUUGUCGUGUGUGAAUUUACUUUCAUCACAAACGAACCAGUCGGCGGUCCCAAACCAGAAACCUUGAUCAGGAUCUGGGCUCGCAGGAAGGCCAUCGAGGCCGGACAGGGAGACUACGCCCUGGAGAAGACUGGACCCAUACUGCAGUUCUUUGAGGACUACUACAAGUCUCCUUAUCCUCUCGAAAAGUCAGACCAGAUCGCUCUGCCGGACUUCGGCGCUGGAGCCAUGGAGAACUGGGGUCUGAUCACCUACAGAGAGACCGCCCUGCUGUUCAACCCUGACGUCUCGUCCAACGGAGACAAGGAGUGGGUGGCAACCGUCAUCGCUCAUGAACUCGCUCACAUG